GUGUUGCGUCCGUUCUGUAUCUGUUGUAUCCACGUGUUGAUAGUUAAUAACCUAAAAACAGCGCGUGUGUAUUAUCACUGGUGGGGCUUUUAAUUUAAAGUAAAAUAAUGAAUAAUUGUGAUUUAAUAAAGACUAUUGAAGAGGAUGAAGAAGUCCCAAAUUAUUCUGAAAAUUCCGACGAGGAAGAUGAUUUUCAACCACGGAAGCAAAAGAAAAAAGAAAAUAAAGACUUUGACUCCAACUUUCAAUUCAUAAGUAAUGCUACCGAAUACAAUCAGGAUCCUUGGAAUGAUUUAAACAAAUAUAUUAAACGAAAACCAAAAACGAAAUUAGAUGAUAAGAUAAAAAAAGCCAGAAAAAACUAUACACAGAAUGGAACUGAGGAUGAUCCUAUUGAACCUGAAGAAAAUGAUGAUGAACUUGAUCAAAAUGAUGAUGAUGAUAUCACUUCAUUAUCCGAGGAUGAACUUAAGAAAGAUAUUUUUAAAACUAAGGAAAGAAAAGGCAAAAAGAAGAAUUCUGCUAAAGAAAAGGAUGAAGAAGUGAUUGAUUUUGAGGAAUGUACCGACUCUCAAACAUAUGCUACAUUUUAUCAAAUGAACUUGUCUAGGCCUUUGUUAAAAGCCAUAACAGCAAUGAAUUUUGUACAACCAACUCCUAUACAAGCUGCUACCAUUCCUGUAGCUUUAAUGGGUCGUGACAUUUGUGGUUGUGCAGCAACUGGAACUGGCAAAACUGCGGCUUAUAUGGUGCCCACUUUGGAAAGAUUAUUGUACAGGCCGCUGAACGGCCCUGCUAUUUCGCGUGUUCUUGUACUUGUGCCUACCAGAGAGCUGGGAGUGCAGGUUUAUCAAGUGACAAAACAGUUAGCUCAAUUUACAACAGUAGAAGUUGGGUUGUCUGUAGGUGGAUUGGAUGUAAAAGUACAGGAAGGUGUAUUGAGGAAAAAUCCAGAUAUUGUGAUAGCAACACCUGGAAGAUUGAUUGAUCAUUUAAAAAAUGCACCCACUUUUUCAUUGGACAGCAUUGAAGUUUUAAUUCUAGAUGAAGCCGAUAGGAUGUUGGAUGAAUACUUUGCUGAACAAAUGCAAUACAUCGUGAAGCAAUGUUCAAGAACCAGGCAGACUAUCCUCUUUUCUGCUACUAUGACAGAGGAAGUUAAAGAUUUAGCUGCGGUAUCUCUCGACAAACCUAUUAAAAUAUUUGUGGAUAGCAAUCAAGAUGUGGCGUUCAACUUGCGUCAAGAAUUUAUUCGUAUACGUAAGGAACGAGAAGGAGAUCGUGAAGCAAUUUUGGCAGCAUUAGUUUGCCGAACUUUCCAUGAUCACGCCAUGGUUUUUGUACAGACAAAAAAGCAGGCUCACAGAUUGCAUAUUUUAUUGGGAUUAUUAGGCAUAAAAGUUGGAGAACUUCAUGGUGAUCUCACACAACCACAACGACUGGAGAAUCUCCGGAAAUUUAAAGACGAGGAAAUUGAUAUUUUAUUAGCGACCGAUGUUGCUGCAAGAGGUUUAGAUAUAAGUGGUGUAAAAACUGUGAUUAAUUUUGUAAUGCCUGCCACCCUUCAACAUUAUAUUCACAGAGUUGGGAGAACCGCAAGAGCAGGACGUGGAGGUGUCUCUGUAUCAUUAGCCGGUGAACAGGAACGUUUUUUGGUUAAAGAAGUUAUUAAACAAGCAAGAAAUCCAGUUAAAAAUAGAAUAAUACCGCCUGAUAUAAUAGAAAAAUACAAUAAGAAAUUACAGUCUCUGGAAUCAGAUGUGGAAAAUAUUUUGCAAGAAGAGAAAAGUGAAAGAGAAUUAGCCAAAAUAGAGAACCAAGCUAAUCGUGUUGAGAAAUUACUUAAAGAUGAAGAUGGCAAAAAUAAGAGGAGCUGGUUCCAAAAUAAGAAGGAAAGAAAAAAGGAGAAAGACAACUUUCGGUUAAGUGGAAAACAAGUUCGUAAAAAGAAAAAUAACGAAGAGCCUUCCAACAUAGUGAAAGAAAAAAAGAAAAAAAUACAAAAUGAACCUACAAAAAAUACAGCGGAAGAUAGAGCCAAGAAAGAAUUAGAGAAGAUAGCUGCCUAUCAAGUACGAUUAGCUAAAAGGAGCAACAAGCAGAAGAAGAUGAAAGUAGUUAUGGAUGAAAGUAAUCGCGACUUCGCUAAAAAAGGGUCACUAAAACGCCGAAAAUCAUCAUUUGUCAAUGAUUUAACAGAUACAAGUCAAAAAGGGGUUAAAAGAAUGCGAUACGAGGCAAACGUUAAGAUAAGACAAAAUACAUACAAGCCACAACAAAAAAAUAAAUUUGGAGCGAGAAAAGGUCAAAAUAAACGUUUAAAAAAACGUUGAUUUUGUAAUAUGAAAUUGUAUGAUUAAAUGCAUGCCACGUUA